AGGAGCAGCUUUUAUACAAAUUGUAUCCCAUAAUAUCCACAUCAGUCUUCAGGCAGUCUGACUGUCCUGUGGACAAUCAGGGGUGGAAAUGUCCCUUAUGCUGUGUGAGAAGAUCCAGCUGAGAGAGCUGUUUACUCGGUGCUUUGUGCUGAACUGUUAGACUGGAGCUGUGUGUUGGAUAUUGAGUGUGUUUAUUGGAAGCAUUUCCCUUCUGAUUUCCAGCCUGUGUUUUGUUGAUGGCUUAUUCCUGAAUAUGACAGAGGAAGGAGGAGGUCGGGUUUGAUCAUCCUGGAUAUUUUUUGAAUAUGGCAAACUCUUUAACCCUGUGUCUGGACUGAGUUCCAACAUGGUCAAGAAAGAAAUAAAACAGAAAAUUCUGGAAAAGCUGAGUAGGUCAAGCAGCACCUGCGAGGAAAGUGAAACAGAGUUAAAGUUUUGAUUGGAACUAGGAUAAGUUAGAGUUAGAAUAGGUUUAAAUGAAAGGCAUAAGGAAGGUUGGCGACGGGAGAGAAAUGACAGAAAUGUGAGUGCACCAUGUUCAAAUGGAAUGGAGAUGGGUCAAAAAUGAAACAAAGAAACAAAAGAUGUACUGAGAGAAGGUGUUGUUGACUGAAAGAACAAAUAAUGAAACAAGCAAAGAAAAGGAAACGAAAGGGCACAGAGUUUACAAUUUGAAAUCGUUGAACUGAAUGUCAAGUCCGUGAGUGGCUGAUCAGAAGUAUUUAUCUUGAUCAAUGCAGUUCCUCUGUCUUCAACACAUCUGUCCUAAUAAUGCAACCCUCCACAACAUAUUGUCUAAAAUUACAAAGCGGUCUUGAUCAAUUGGGUCAAUGGGCUGAAGAGUGGCAGAUGAAGUUUAAUUACGAUAAAUGUGACGUUUUGGUCAAACAAAAAAGGGCAAGACUUAUAUAAUUAAUGAUAGGCCUUGGGUGGUGGUGUAGAACAGAGAGAACUAGGGGUCCGGCAUAUGACAUUUUGAAAGUUGCAUCGCCUACGUGCCAGACAGGGGGCGGAUGCCUGCCUCAUCAGCCUGGACCAGGAGAAGGCCUUUAACAGGAUGUCACAUAUGGACACAAGAGAUGUACAUUCUGUCCAAAUUGGGCUUUGGGGAGGGCAUCUGCAAUUGGAUCUGACUGCUCUACACCAACAUGUUUAGCACAGUCUCAAUCAAUGGGUGGAAAUCAGAAAGCUUCCUGAUCAGAUCUGUAGUCAGGCAGAGCUGUCCACUCUCUCCUGCCUUGUUUGUGUGCUGCAUAGACCUCUUUGCUGUGUCAAUCAGGAAGGAUGUGAGCCUGAGGUGGGUGACUAUCCCAGGCAGCGGAGGCCUGCAGGUCAAGACCUCCCUGUACAUGGAUGAUGUUGCCGUUUUCUGCACCAAUUCACAGUCGGUGAGUAGGCUCUUGAGCAUCUGUGACCAGUUUGAACUGGCCUCCAGUGCCAAAGUCAAUAGGGGUAAGAGCGAGACCACGUUCAGUGGGGAAAGAGCAUCGUGUAAGGCCCGUCUGCUAAAAUGUAACAGGGAGUCCAUUUAGGAACCAGGCCCAGCUGAUGCCUCGUCAGGACGUCAAUUGUGACUAUAGGGAGAGAUGAACACUGGAGUUCGUUUCAGUUGGUGAAUGUACUUCCAAGGUAACCUGGAAUGGCUAGCAUUAUCGGAAGGAUUGCACUGUACUACACUAGAGAAUACAGAGAGGACAGACACUGCUGAUAAAUCUUGACCAUCACCCAAGGAAUGACUACUCAGUUUUGGGAAGACAUCCAGUCCCUCAACAGCAUUGUUGAAAUCAGAGGAUUUUGGACAAUGAAACCAUCAUAUGGAAAUUGUUCAGGUCAGGGGAACUUUCAUAUAUCAUAAGAUCUGAAACUGGUCAGUGAUGUGGAGCCUUCCUUUCACAGCCACCCUUUCUGAAGGUUUAACAAUGGUCAGUCGAUCAGGGUGAGACUGGAAAGAUGUGAGCAUCUCUAAGUGUGGGAAGACCUUCAAUCAUUCAUCGAGCCUCAUGAACCACUGACUCAUUCCUACAGAUAAGAGAGUGUUUAGUUGAGAGGUUUGUGAGGAGGGUCCCAUGAUAUCAUAAUAUCAUGCAACUUUUGAACUGAACCAUGGAAGAAGGUCUAUUUGAAUGCGAGGCGCGUGACCAAGAUUUUGGACAGGCCUCGAAUCUCCACACACAUGAAAGCAUUCAUAUUGGGGACAAGGCAUUUUCAUGUGAGGUCUGCAACAAAACCUUCUCGCAGUCAUCAAACCUCCGUGUACACCAACGCAUCCAUACGGGGGAGAAACCAUUCAUGUGCAAGAUUUGCAAUAAAUCAUUUGGAUAUUCAUCAACCCUCCGUGAACACCAUCGUAUUCAUACAGGUGAGAAACCAUUCAGAUGUGAAGUUUGUGACAAAUCUUUCUCCCGACUAUCAAACCUCCGACAACACGAACGUAUUCACACUGGGGAGAAACCAUUUACAUGUGCGAUUUGUGACAAAUCAUUUUCUUGGUUAUCCAACCUCCAUGAACACCGACGCAUUCACACAGGGGAGAAACCGUUUACAUGCGAAGUGUGCAACAAAUCAUUCCCAUACUUAAUGAACCUCCGGGUACACCAACGGAUUCACACAGGAGAGAAACCAUUCACCUGUGAGGUGUGUGACAAGGCUUUCACACAGUUAUCACACCUGCUGGUCCAUCAAACGAUCCACACGGGAGAAAAGCCCUUCAAAUGUGAGGUCUGUGAUAAAGCUUUCACAACUUCGACCAGGCUUCUGAUGCACCACAGCAUUCACACGGGACAGAAACCCUUCAAGUGUGAGUUCUGUGAGAUGUCUUUCACACAAUGUUCUGAACUCCUGACGCACCAAAGGACUCAUACAGGGGAGAAACCCUUCAAGUGUGACGUGUGUGGCAAAUCCUUCUCACAGUCAUCUAAUCUCCAUGCACACCAACGUAUUCACACUGGCGAGAAACCAUUCAUGUGUAAGGUGUGCAACAAAUCCUUUUCCCGAUCUUCAAACCUUCGUGCCCACCAACAUAUCCACACGGGGGAGAAACCAUUCACAUGCGAGGUGUGUAACAAAUCAUUCUCACACUCAAUGAACCUCCGUGUACAUCAACGUAUUCACACAGGGGAGAAGCCAUUCACAUGCAAAGUGUGUGACAAAGCAUUCACACAAUUAUCAAAUAUCCUGAGGCAUCAAGCAGUUCACACAGGAGAGAAACCCUUUAAAUGUGAGGUUUGUAAUAAAACUUUCACAACAUCUACCAGGCUUCUAAUGCACCACAGCAUCCACACGGGAGAGAAACCAUACAAGUGCGAGAUUUGUGAGAAGGCUUUCACCCAAACCUCCGACCUCCUGAGGCACCAAAGGAUUCACAAAGAGCACAAUCUGUUUAACUGUGAGGUGUGUAACAAGGGCUUUGGACAAUCCUCGAGUCUAGUGUGUCACCAGAUCAUUCACACAAGGUAGUAGCUAUUAACAUGCAAGUGGAUGAUAAAGCUUCCAAUAACAUCUUUAAGCUCCUGGGAUAUCAGACGAUUUAUGUGCGGAGAACACAUCAGGUGAAAUGUUGUGACGAGGCUUUUACCCACUCCUCUGAACUCCUAAAGCACCAAAAAAUCCACAUUGUGAGAAAUAUUUCAGGUAUGAGAUGUGUGACAAGUCUUUUACACAUCCAGCAACGUACACCCACACAAACAAAGGCCCACGGGAGAAAUCCUAUCAUAGACAGUUGUCACUCCAAUUGAAAGAGUCAAACUGGAUUCUCUGGGGUGUAAUGAUCCAUUGAUUCAUUGAGUUUGUUCCAUCAUUCAAUUAGGUCGUAAUCAAUCUGUAUCUUAACUCUGCCUGCCUUGACUGUGUAACCCUUAGUCCCCUUGCCGGACAGUAAACCCACCAAUCUCAGUUUCGAAAGUUUCAGUUGACACCCCAACAUAAACUUAUUUUUGUGGGGAGACUGUUCCAGAUUUCUUCAGAAUGAAGGGUCACUGGACUCAAAACAUUUAACUUUGCUUUCUCUCCACAGAUGCUACCAGACUUGCUGAGUAUCUCCAGCAAUUUUCUUUUGUUGUUUCAGAGGAACACUUUGUAUUGUGGUAUUCUGAGCGAGUUUCCCCGAUGCUAAUGGGUAUGGGGUAGAAUCAGACCCUGCUCUGGUUUUUGUGAUAGAUCCUCUUCACGAGACGGGUGUUUACCUCAUAUCAUGGGGAAUGUUUGUACUAACCUGUCUGGGAGGACUACGAUCCUGAGAAUGGUGAGGGAGUGGGGUUUAGUCUCUACAAACCUGAGAUCCCUCAGCCCAUCAUACCUCCAUGUUAUAACUGUUCACUUUACACUCUUCCAAGAUUCAUUUCGUAUUCUGGGAAAGCUCUUAAGUCAUUUUUAAAUGCUUUGUUAUUUCGGCUGAAUAGCAUUCAAUAUUGCUGUACCUAUAAUCUUCUGUACAGAUUUAUAACUCACAAUAAAUGACAUUUGAU